CGGGCUGCCGCCCUCAGCGUCGGCGCGCAGGAGGACCCGGUGCUUGGCGCUGGAGCCGCCGCGGCGGCUGGAAGAUGGAUGCGCCGCGCUCGUCCAUCGCCGCUCGGCAUCCUCUCCUGGCCGCGGCACGGGCUUCCAAAGCAGCUGAGUCCAGGACCUUAAGGAAUGUCACGCAGUAGGUGCUGAACUAACUGGCACUGAAAGGAACAGAAAAAGAUGGCAGACCAUAUUUGAAAUAAUUAAACACGUGGACUUCUGCUGAUAAGAAACCAUGUCAAAGAAAGGACGUAGCAAGGGCGAAAAGCCUGAGGCGCUGAUUGUUGCCCUACAGGCUGCCAAUGAGGAACUCAGGACCAAGCUAACAGACAUUCAAAUUGAGCUGCAUCAGGAGAAAUCCAAGGUUGCUAAACUUGAAAGAGAGAAGACUCAAGAAACUAAGCGUAUCCGUGAGGUGGAGCAGCGCAAGCAGACUGUGCAGAUCACGGAGCUAAAAGCCAAACUCCAUGAGGAGAAAAUGAAGGAGCUGCAGGCUGUGAGGGAGAACCUCAUCAAACAGCACGAGCAGGAGAUGACGCGGAUGGUCAAAGUCCGAGACAGCGAAAUCCAGCGCCUCAAGUCAGCGCUGUGCGCGCUGCGGGAUGGGAGCAGUGAUAAAGUAAGGACAGCGCUGACUAUUGAGGCUCGUGAAGAGGCCAGAAAACAGUUUGACUCGGAGCGCCUUAAGCUUCUGCAGGAAAUUACUGAACUGAAGUCUGCCAAAAAGCAGGUAGAUGAGGCCCUUAACAAUAUGAUCCAAGCUGAUAAGAUCAAGGCAGGGGAUCUUCGGAGUGAGCAUCAGUCACACCAGGAAGCCAUUUCCAAGAUCAAAUGGGAGAGCGAAAGGGAUAUUCGUCGCCUGAUGGAUGAGAUCAAGGCUAAAGACAGGAUCAUCUUCUCCUUGGAGAAAGAGCUGGAGACACAGACAGGCUAUGUGCAGAAGCUGCAGCUGCAGAAGGAAGCUCUGGAUGAACAGCUCUUCUUGGUGAAGGAGGCAGAGUGUAACAUGAGCAGUCCCAAGAGAGAGAUCCCAGGAAGGGCCGGAGAUGGUUCAGAGCACUGCAGCAGCCCUGACUUGCGCAGAAACCAGAAGAGGAUAGCAGAGCUGAAUGCCACAAUCCGGAAGCUGGAAGACAGGAACACGUUGCUUGUUGAUGAACGAAACGAACUGUUGAAGCGUGUCCGAGAAGCUGAGAAACAGUGUAAACCUCUUCUGGAAAAGAACAAGUGCCUCACGAAGAGAAAUGAUGAACUUAUGCAGUCUUUGCAGCGCAUGGAAGAUAAACUGAAAGCAGUCACUAAAGAAAAUAUAGAAAUGAGAGAAAAAAUGACAUCACAUCCUCCUCUAAAGAAAUUAAGAUCUCUCAAUGACCUGGAUCAGGCUAAUGAGGAACAAGAAACUGAAUUCUUAAAGCUUCAAGUCAUAGAACAACAGAACAUAAUUGAUGAGUUAACAAGGGACAGAGAGAAACUCAUUCGUCGCAGAAAACAUAAAAGGAGCUCAAAGCCAAUUAAGAGACAUGUGGUAGAUACAGUUUUUGGGUACGAUGAUGAUUCCAUGGACUCUGAAACAUCCUCUGUGGCCUCAUACAGAACAGACAGAACACCAGCAACCCCAGAUGAUGAUCUGGAUGAGUGCGGUUUAGCAGCGGAAGAAUCAGAGCUGCGGUUUCGACAGCUGACAAAGGAGUACCAGGCCCUGCAGAGAGCAUAUGCACUGCUGCAGGAGCAGACAGGAGGCAUCAUAGAUGCUGAAAGAGAAGCCAAGGCUCAGGAGCAGCUCCAAGCUGAAGUCCAGAGAUAUAAAGCCAAAAUAGAAGAUCUGGAGAAAACUUUGGCACAGAAAGGGCAGGACUCACACUGGGUGGAAGACAAACAGCUAUUCAUUAAGAGGAACCAAGAGCUUUUAGACAAGAUAGAGAAACUGGAAGCAGAAAACAACCGUCUACAACAGGAGCUACAGGAUGCCCGAGACCAGAAUGAGCUGCUGGAGUUCCGCAACCUUGAGCUGGAGGAAAGAGAGAGACGCUCCCCACCAUUUAAUCUCCAGAUUCACCCAUUCUCAGAUGGUGUGAGUGCUCUACAGAUCUACUGCAUGAAGGAAGGAGUUAAGGAUGUCAGCAUCCCAGACCUCAUAAAGCAGUUAGACAUCCUAGGUGAUAAUGGGAAUUUAAGAAAUGAAGAACAAGUGGCCAUAAUUCAGGCUUCCACUGUAUUGUCCUUGGCAGAGAAGUGGAUCCAGCAGAUUGAGGGAGCUGAAGCUGCUCUGCAUCAGAAGAUGAUGGAACUGGAAAGUGAUAUGGAGCAAUUUUGCAAAAUAAAAGGUUAUUUGGAGGAAGAAUUGGACUACAGGAAGCAAGCUCUUGACCAAGCAUACAUGAGGAUCCAGGAACUUGAAGCCACCUUGUACAAUGCUUUGCAGCAAGAAACGGUGAUAAAGUUUGGGGAGCUACUCACUGAAAAACAGCAGGAAGAGCUGAGAACAGCAGUAGAAAAACUAAGACGUCAGAUGCUGAGGAAAAGCAGAGAAUAUGAUUGCCAGAUUCUUCAGGAGAGGAUGGAGCUACUCCAGCAGGCUCAUCAGAGGAUUCGAGAUUUAGAAGAUAAAACUGACAUCCAAAAGAGACAAAUUAAGGAUCUGGAGGAAAAGUUUCUAUUUCUCUUCUUGUUCUUCUCUCUUGCCUUUAUUCUUUGGCCUUGAUGUCAAUGUGCCUCUUGGAAAGAGUGCCCGACCACACAGAUAAAUCCUUAUAAAGGCAAAUGCUUCCACCCCCCUGAUGAAGAGAACAUUGUUUACACCUAUCUUAAAAAGUAUAAAAAUGAGCAACCUAUAGCCAAGACUGCAACCACCUUGUAUUUUAAAGCCAUCACUCAAGAUUUGUUACUUAAAGCUAUGGUAUAUGCUGCAUCUAAUGAAAUUCUGUAUGUUGAAAUUACAAAAGGAGAAAAAAAAUAAACUCUGAACCUACAUCACUUAGGAAGAACUUAAAGGGAAGGAACCACUUUCAGCUGAUCAAGUCAGUGUAACCAAAGUUACAACAGAAAAAUCUAUCCCUGCUGUGCAGGGCAGUCAUUUAAACGUGACACUGUCAUCCCACGAAUGGAUCUGAAGUUAACAGGACAGAGCAGGAGAAACACACGAGCUGUGGACAGAUGCUGACAACAAAGCUUUCAGUUUGAACUGUCUGGCUUUCUCACUGCGGGGACUCCUCCUCUCCUUCCUUUGGUUUUAACCUCAGGAACAAAUGACAGCUGCAACGUGGAGGGAAGAAAGGAAAAAUGCGGUCUGUUUUAUUGCAGGAUGGGCAGGACAGGGCACCACCUUUUGCGCUUGAGGUCAUAAUGAAGCACCACCCUACUCUGCAAAGGAAGGGAAGAAGAGGGUGUCUGGUGUAAGGAGGAUUUCUGAUGGAGUUGUAGCCUUAUCUCUCUUCACCCUCCCUCCAUGAAGAACAGUCUGUCUAUUGUCAGAUACUUUUCAUAAUCUUUAAAGACUGCCACUGAGAUAAUAAUGACUAUACUUGGGUUUACUAUUUGAAUAAUACACUGAGGAACACUGGAUUUGACCUACAGAGUAGCUUCUGAGAAAGAGAAGUAGUAUGUUGGAGGACAGAGGGCAAAAAAGCCAACCCCCUUGUCUAUGGACUACGAUCCAGAAAGUGUCAGCUUCCAACUGUUUUGUCCCAGCUUGGAAUAAAUGUUUUGGUUUGGCUUGUCAAACUGACUUUGUUAGCUGGCUUCCUGAUCAAUGAUACAUAAACCAAAAAUGGGGGAAAAAUCUGUGAACACAUCCUUAUUAGAAGUAAGAAAUAUCACUAGUCUGUUUAGAUUUUUCCACACUUAAGAGUAACUAGAAGUAGUUUGCAUUUCAAAGCAUUACUGAUCUCUAAUCACAAAGUCUGGAACGCAGUCCUGGUGUCUUCCUGAGGCUCACGGGUCCGUGCCCCCCUGUAGUCAGCAAGAAACGAAUGCUGGGGAGUGUCACACCUGCAGCAAGUGUUGUGACUCUCCUGUGCCUGCUGGGAGCAGCACAACCAGCUGCACCCAUCUUUUCCCUUUUCUCACUGAUGUACUGUAUGAACCAGGCUUGAUAAUGCACUUCGUGCCUCUGCUUUUAUUUCCCUGGAAAUGGAGUCCUGCCUGUUUAGACUUCAGGUUCCUGUGGCAAGGCUCCUUAUUUGUGCUCUGUCUUUCACGAUGGAGCCUUAACUGGGAGAAAUGGAUGUCUGUAUUAAAAAUAGAAAACCAAGGGCCAGAAUACAGCCUGUGCAUUACUUAAAGCUUCAAAAUGGGGCUCACACGUACCAAGAUCUUACGCACACAGACUCUGCCCAUCAGAAGCUUUAAAAGUGUCUCUCUUUUGUUUGCGUGCUUCUUUUUACAGAUGAAGCAACUGAGGCACAAAGCAGUGAAGUAACUUACCACAGCAGCUCAGCAGGUCAAAAGCAGUUCCUCAGCCAUAGCAGGGAUGAAGUUCCUCUAGCAUCGACGAUGCCUGCCCCUCAUGGAUUUUUUUUGGCCAGAAUAGCUUUUAAUAAUUAGUGUCCAUUCACCCAACUGGAUUGCAGUGCUGAGCUCCAUUUCUCCACAAAGACUCCUAAUGUACUCAUUUCUUGCAUGCCCUGAGAUUGUGUUAAGCCUUCCAUCAAAGGUUAGAAGCUAUUAGCAAGUAUUUUUCCCCCUGCUCUUUAAAAUUACUUUAUAUUACAGAAUGACCACAUCUUCUUGAAGCAGUCUGUUUUAGUCAAGGGGUUUACUGAAUUCUGCACCAGCUGUAUGUUUGUUGGUUCAUUUUUAAAAAAACAGGCUUGUAGGCAGGUAUGUUAAAUGAAUACAGGUACGUUGCAUGCUGUUUGUUCAAAUUCCUUUUCCCCUGCACAAGAAUCUGCAGAUAAGGUUGUCCCAAACCUACACGUGCUUUCCAAGAGUGCUGCUAGCAGUUUAGUCCUGAAGUUCUGGAGUCAGGCCCUUUGAGACUCUCAUCCCACACCUGUGACACCUUUAGAUCACUAAGCAACUUUACCACAUCUUGCUAGCUACAAAAAGGGGGCUUUCCUCUCUAUUCCCUCUUCCUCCUGUCUUUUUCCCCCCCUGUUACAGCACCAGUUCAUUUCACUUGGACACAUUUCACAAGGACACUUGGCUGCAGUGUCCUGCAAGUAACUACAGGCUGGAAACUGUUCACCCUAGCAUUAGGGCCGGCAACUGAAACUCAGCUCUUCUUGCAGAAGAAUGAGCAGCACUCAUUUUCUGUGAUGGUACAAUAACUCCCGCCUCCGCUUUGGUUAAAAGAAAAAGGAGGACUGUUGGUUAAAAAAAUAAAGGAGGACUAGAAACAUUUGUUUCAGGCGAUCGUGGGGAAGGGUCAUGGCACAUGGAAGUCCCUAGCUUCAGAACAUAGGACUGAUCUUGCGGCAGGCUUCAUCAUUUAGGCCCUCUGAGCCGUGUUGUACACAUCUUCCUUCACUUCUCUUUUUUGCCUAGUUUCCUCUCCCUUGCUCUUAUGUAUACAUAUGCAUGCAGGUGCUCCACUUCCAAGGGCUCAGGGGCGUGGUGGUGUGGGUGGUGGUGGUGGUGGACAGUCCACAGCUUAUCUUGGUCUGCAGUCUUUGAAAGAUUGCUGGAUUCCCUCCAGAGAGCUGAAUGACAGCCGCUUUGCUCUCCUUGCAGCAUAACAUAUGCCAUGCCUAAAACACACUUGCUGAGUAAUACACACUUUCUAUCAGCCAGAUCAAAUUGAGUUUGAUGUUUGUGUAUAUAUAUAUACAUGUAUCUAUAUAUAGCAUAUAUGUAUAUGUACAUAUAUAUACAUGUAUAUGCAUAUAUCUAUCUAUUCCCUAUUGUAUAUAGUAAAUUGUUGCUAUAGCUUAUGAAAGUAAAUUCCAAUCUAGGAACGGGGAACUGAAUCUAGACUUGUUUAGCUGCCGCAGCUGGUACACUCCUCAUGGUUUUACAUCUCAUGGGCAACUGGAUUUUGGAUCUGUUUUUCUGGGGUCUCCUGCCUUCUCUGUCCUGAAGCUUAAGCUGUUUAUCCAGGGCUUUUCUGCUGUUCCUGACACUCACUGAGGCAAAGCAUUGAGAAUCCUCCCUCAAAUUAGUCACUGCAGCCAACCUCGCCUCCCCAAAAUGAACCAGCAAAAAAUCUAUUUAUUACAGCCUUUGAGGACAGCCAGUGUAGCCCUGGAUUCCUCCCCUCCGUCGGUCCCCGCUGUGGCAGGAGUGAUGACGCUGCAGGCUACCCGUACUGUCAGAGCAGCAGGUGAGCCGGGUGACGCAGCGCAAGCCAGCUUGACCAAAACGUGACUUGCUGCUUUUUCUCCACUGGCCCAGCUGGGAGAUUUUGAAGACUAUUCUGUCAAUUUAAGCUCUUCAGUGGGGGGCCUAGUUGGGUGAGAAAGGUUUGGGUAGUUGGGGUUGCAGAAGGAAAUAGGGCGUCUUGCAGUAUUAUCAGCCUGGCUCACAGCUCCAUCCUCUCUUACUGAUGUGCCUGGAGAACCGUGGAGACUUUUUUUUGUAGAUGUUCUUCAUUUUCCAGCUCCCUGCCCUCAUCUCAGCAGGAAACACCCUCUGAACCCCAAGACUCUCCAUUCUGUGGCAGCCCACGAGGACUGAACAUGCCAGGCAAUCCUUCUUACUAGGGUGAGGAUCAGCGGGCAGCCACACGGUUGCUGGUGAUUCAAAGGGUUUUUUGUUUUCCCCUGCCCCCCUCACAUCAGCACCUGUGUGGUUUUAUGUAUAUUUACACUUUUGUUCCCAAUUUUUUUGGUGUCUGUUGCAGAACACCAUUGUAAAUGACUUGGCAGAAUGACCCUUUGAUAAACACUGGACAUGUAUCUGUACUAUAUGUAUUAACGUGUAGAAGAGAAUCCUUAUUGUAUGUAAAGUUUUAUGAAUGGUUAUUUUUUAAUUUAUGUAUUUAAUAUAGGAUUCAAUGACCUCUGGUGUUUUAGUUUGUAUAAAAA